CAGGCUUUUAAAAAGCCGAGGAAACAUCCUCUGAGCAAGCAGUGGCUGCACUGGAGGAAAGCACACCCAGGUCUCACAUUAAAGAAGCCAAACUGUCUGCUUCAAAGAGAAGAGGCAACAUCCUGUCACAGAGCAUGCUGUGGCAAAAAUCCACAGCUCCAGAGCAAGCCCCGGCCCCACCCCGGCCGUACCAGGGUGUCCGCGUGAAGGAGCCGGUGAAGGAGCUGCUGAGGAGGAAACGCGGGCACGUCAGCAGCGGGGCGGCGGUGGCGCCCACUGCGGUGGUGCUGCCCCAUCAGCCCCUGGCGACCUACACCACCGUGGGUCCUUCCUGCCUUGACAUGGAGGUCUCUGCUUCCACGGUGACUGAGGAGGGGGCCCUAUGUGCCGGCUGGCUCUCCCAGCCUGCCCCAGCCACCCUACAACCCCUGGCCCCAUGGACACCCUACACUGAGUAUGUGUCCCAUGAAGCUGUCAGCUGCCCCUACUCAACUGACAUGUAUGUGCAGCCCAUGUGCCCCAGCUACACAGUUGUGGGGCCCUCCUCCGUGCUGACCUACGCCUCCCAGCCACUCAUCACCAACGUAACGACGAGAAGCGCUGCCACGCCCACAGUGGGGCCCCAGCUGGAGAGCCCAGAGCACCAGACACCCCUCACCUACUUCCCGUGGCCCCAGCCCCUGCCCACGCUGCCCACCUCCACCCUGCAGUACCAGCCUCCGGCCCCAGCCCUGCCUGGGCCCCAGUUUGUCCAGCUCCCCAUCUCGAUCCCGGAGCCUGUUCUGCAGGACAUGGAAGAUCCCAGGAGAGCCAUCGGUGCCCUGACCAUCGACAAGCUGCUUUUGGAAGAAGAAGAUAGUGAGGCCUACGCGCUCAACCACACUCUCUCCGUGGAGGGCUUCUAGGGCUGGCUCUCUCCUGAGUGUCCCGCUCCCUGAAACUGGGGUUUUAAAAUGAGCCUGGACUGAGCCUCAGAUACACACUUGUUUGGAGUAGUCAUUUUAUAACUACACUUUCAACCCAAAAACUAAAAUUGUAGAUUGACCUUCCUUCCUUCCUCCCUCCGUCCCUCCCUCCCUCCCUUCCCUCUCUCCCACCCUCUUUCCAUCCUUUCCUUCUUCUUUCCUUUUCUCUUUUCUUAUUUCUUUUUCCGUUUCUUUUCCUUUUAGGGGAGGGGAUGAUUACAGGGAUUUUGGAGAUCGUAUUUUAUGCUGAGUUUUGCUGGCUCUGUGAUGCAGGUGCUUUUAUUUCUGCCACUUUUCAUUCUUUAGAGAAGAGCCUUCUCUCAAGUGCUCAGUGCUUCAUGGAGCAGCAGCACGGCUGAGCAGUCUUAGCGCCAGCUCCGCUCUCUGUCAUUUUGAGAUGUUUAGGGUGCCCUGCGGGGAGACGGGCUCUGCCAGCACCUCUUGGGAGAGGCAGCCAAGAACAGACUCAAUGCCAGAGAGUCUUCGAGCUGCCAGUUCCCACACUUGCUCCUUUGUUUGUUAUUCUCAGCAUCAGCCAGAUUUACAGUCCAAGUGGCAACGUCUCAAGGCCUGGGCUCAGAGUAGUGAU